AUGCCGCUGCAGACCGAGAUCCUGCGGGAGGUCUGGGCUGCUGACAGCCCCAGUGAGGAGCCGGGGAGCCCCCAGCAGCACAAGCCCAAGCAGAAGCUGAAGAAGAAGCGGCAGGAGCCUGUGCCGGAGCCUGAGGCGAAGCCCCGGCGGCUGCGGGUGAAGAAGCUGGGUGAGGCGGGGGCUGCAGAGGACCCCGGUGCCCCGGCACAGGGGGUGAAGAAGCUGAGGAAGAAGAAGGAGGAGAAGGAGGAGGAGAGCGACAAGGACCCCUACUCCAAAGUCACCCGGGAGCCUCGGAAAAAGAAGGAGAGCCCGGCCGCCCGCUCCCGCGUGGCCAAGGGCCCCAAGAAGCAGCAAGAGCCAGCUGAGGACUCGGAGGAUGAAGAGGAGGAAGAGGAGGUGGAGAAUAAAGACCCGCCAAAAAAGCUCAAGAAGAAGCUGCCCAAAGAGCCCCCCUCGGGUGAGAGCCGGGAGAAGAAGCUGAAGCCGAAGGGAGACAGGAGCGACCCUGACAACAAAGCCAAAUCUGCCAAAAGCACCAAGAAGGAGCCCAUGUCCGUGUUCCAGGUGAACGGAGAGAAGAAGGAGAAGAAAAGCAAGAAGAAAGUGUCCCCUGUGUCCCCCCCAGCCGCCACUGGCAGCGAUGAGGAGGAUGAUUCCGACUCCAGCACCAAACCCAUCAGGUCAGAGAAGAAGAAAAACCCGGCAUCUCUCUUCCAGACUGGUGGGGACCCCCCCAGGGAGAAGAAAACCAAAAAGAAAGCUCCUCCCAAAGCAGCCGAGAGCGAGGAGGAGACCCCAGAGACCCCACAGAAAAACUCCAACAAGAAGGGGAAAGGGAAGAAAUCAAAGAAGACAAAGGAGGAAAGGCCCCCGUCGCCUGUCAUCGAGGUGGACAACCUGGAGGAGUUUGUGCUGCGGCCGGCGCCGCAGGGGGUGACCAUCAAGUGCCGGGUGACGCGGGACAAGAAGGGGAUGGAUCGAGGGCUUUACCCCACCUAUUACCUCCACUUGGAUAACGACAAGAAGGUGUUCCUCCUCGCCGGGAGGAAGCGUAAGAAGAGCAAAACCUCCAACUACCUCAUCUCCAUCGACCCCACCGACCUGUCACGGGGGGGAGAGAACUUCAUCGGGAAGCUGAGAUCCAACCUGAUGGGUACAAAGUUCACGGUGUUCGACAACGGCGCGAACCCUGACAGGGCCAACGCUGACUGGUCCAACGUGCGGCAGGAGCUCUCGGCCGUGGUCUACGAGACCAACGUUUUAGGGUUCAAAGGCCCCCGGAAGAUGACGGUCAUCAUCCCCGGGAUGAAUGCCGACAGUGAGAGGGUGCCCAUCCGGCCCCGAAAUGAUAAUGACGGCCUCCUGAUGCGAUGGCAGAACAAAAACAUGGACAACGUGAUUGAGCUACACAACAAGGCGCCGGUGUGGAACGACGAGACCCAGUCCUACGUCCUCAAUUUCCACGGCCGGGUCACCCACGCCUCCGUCAAAAACUUCCAGAUCGUGCACGGCAGCGACCCCGACUACAUCGUGAUGCAGUUCGGGCGCGUGGCGGACGACGCUUUCACCAUGGACUACAACUACCCGCUCUGUGCCGUGCAGGCCUUCGCCAUCGCCCUCUCCAGCUUCGACGGGAAGCUGGCCUGCGAGUAG